AUGACAGAAGAUAGCAGUGGCUGCCACUGCUCUACCCGCAGCGAGAAACGAGUCCGAUUCGGGCGGUCUGUGGCUUAUUCGCGUCAGUUGGACCAGCUGGAAGCCCAGGAAAGUAUCUCAAAGCAAGAACUGUGGUACAACAAGGAUGAGCUCCAUUCCCAGUUCUUUAGGGACCUAGAACAGCACGACGGCGCCAACAGCCGAGGGCUAGAGUAUGAAUGCAACCAACGCCGAAAACUCCAAGCAGAAGCUUACGUGCGUGCUGUCGUCGAAAAGUCAGAUGAGCUGCGCAAGAGUGGAGGGCAUUUGCGGAAAUCUGUCUUGUCUAAGAAGACGAAGAUUCGUCCAACAGUAGCCCACUCUUUGGCAGAAACUAUUCAUGACUAUGCCUCACAACUCACCUGGAUGACAAGAGAUCUUGCCCUGGGAGUAGCAUCAAUGGAUGAAGCAGAGGCAAGAUCAAUAUAUGAAGAAAACGAGGACAGGGAAGAUUCUGUUUCUGUUAUUGACGCUGGUUCUAAUUGUGCCAAAGCCUGUCCUACUGGCAACGAGCGGCAAACUAGCGGUUCGUUGCGCAGACAGCCGGUCACCAUGACGGCGAAAUCUGCUUAA